AGUCGAUGAACUUCUCGCCGAGCUCGCGGUUCGACGCCGCGGCGGCAGUGAACGCUGCGAUGGUGGCCGGGCGGGAGCGUGGAUCGGGAGGCGAGCAGGGUCGGGCCGGGGUCCGGGACGGAUCCCUGUGCCCGCUCGCCACCGGAGCGUAACCGCGGGGCGGGAAGAACGUCGGAACCGCGGGUCUCCUCGGGGCGGCGGCGGCGGCGGCGCCCAUGCCGCUCGAGCGCAAGCGGUCGUCGCGGCGCGGGCGAGCGCCCCAGCGCAAGCGACCUCCCGAGAACCGCUGCAAGACGUGCUGCAAGGACUUCACCGCCUUCCUCUUCUCGCACGUCGGGCUGUGCGCGCUCGUGGUGGGGUACAGCGUCCUCGGCGCGUUUGCCUUCAAGGCGCUCGAGGGACCCUACGAGGUGCAGAAGGCCAGCCAGGUCCGGACCCUUCGGGAGGCCAUGGUGUCGCGUAUCUGGGACGUGACCCUGCAGCUGAACGUGCUCUACCGGGAGAACUGGACGGCCUUGGUGAACGACGAGAUCCGCCAGUUUCAGCUGCAGCUGGUCGCAGCCGUCAAGGACGGCUACGACGGCAAGGAGUCCCGCACCAGCCAGCAGUGGUCCUUCUCGGGUGCCUUCCUCUACUCGCUCACCGUCAUCACCACAAUCGGCUACGGCAACAUCGCCCCCAAGACCAACUGGGGCAAGAUGGUGACCAUCUUGUACGCCAUCGUGGGCAUCCCGCUAAUGCUGCUCUACCUGACCAACAUCGGCGACAUCCUGGCCCGGGCCUUCAAGUACGUGUACGGACAGCUGUGCAGCUGCGACCAGCGGGACUCGCGCCAGCAGCAGUACCUGAGGGCCUCGGGCGACCGCUGCCGCGUCAACCGGCUCCUUGUCGAAGAGAACGGGCUCCAGCGUCCCGGACUCGGCGCACCCGGUCAGGGGCUCGCCCUCGUCGGCCGCUCGGGCCGGGGUAUCGAGGAGGACGCGAAGAUGGACGGGUUCGCCGGUGCUUACUUCGACGACGUAGACUUCGAAGAGCGGCCGCGCGUGACCGUGCCCAUCCUGCUGUGCAUGACCAUCAUCUCGGGAUACAUCUGCGGCGGUGCCGUGCUCUUCUCCAUUUGGGAGGACUGGAACUACCUGGACGGCUCCUACUUCUGCUUCGUCACGCUCAGCACCAUCGGCUUCGGCGACCUGGUGCCCGGUGACACCGUGGUCUCGGACAGCGGCUCCCAGGAGAAGCUGGUCAUCUGCUCGCUCUACCUGCUCGUGGGACUGGCGCUCAUCGCCAUGUGUUUCAACCUGGUGCAGGAGGAAGUGGUGCACAAGCUCCGCUCGGUGGGACACAAGCUGGGCGUCAUCAGUGACUCGGACGACUCGGACGAAUGACGGUGGCCGGCCGCUGCCGAAGUGCCGUUCGUCGCGGUGGCCCCGAGCACCCUGCUCGCCACCAGAGCGCGCCGCGCGGGCAGGGCCCUGUUCGCCCACGGCCGCGCAAAAGGGGCCGGAUAAGCGCGGGCUAGCGCCGACCAUCGAGGGAGCACGUGCGCUUGCAGCGGCUGCGCUGGCCGUCGAGGCAUCCACCCUCAAACCCCGCUGGCAGUCCGCUUUGAGGGGACACUGAAGCCGAAUCCAACCUUUUCUUAUGGUUAAGGUAUCUUGCGAUUCCGAUGAGUUUAUUAGGAAGACAACUUAAUUUUUUUGCCUUUAGAAACUUUUAGCCGAAUGUUGUGGGAAGAGAUGGGGGUUUGUAAAAAAAUGUACUUGCGAAGCUGAUUCUUGUC